UAGUUUCUGUUACACAGAGAAAUGCUGAAAUUUCAAGAAACUGCUAAGCAUGUCACUGUUGCCAGAUUUAAUUCUGCUUGCUCAGAUGCUGUGAUUGCAAGAAGAUAUGCUAUUCAGAGGAAACUUGGCAAUGGAAGCUUUGGAAGUGUGUAUCUGGUUUCUGACAGAAAAGCAAAACAAGGAGAAGAAUUAAAGGUUCUAAAGGAAAUCUCUGUUGGCGACCUAAAGCCUAACGAAACAGUUGAAGCAAAUCUGGAAGCACAGCUACUCUCCAAAUUAGACCAUCCAGGCAUUGUCAAAUUUUAUGCAAGCUUUGUGGAGCGAGAUAGUUUCUGCAUUAUCACUGAAUACUGCGAGGGUGGAGAUCUAGACUUUAAAAUUCAAGAGUACAAAGAGUCUGGGAAGAUAUUCACUCAAAGACAAAUAAUAGACUGGUUUAUACAGUUGCUACUCGGAGUCAACUAUAUGCAUGAAAGGCGAAUACUUCACAGAGAUUUGAAAGCCAAGAAUAUAUUUUUGAAAAAUAAUCUUCUUAAAAUUGGGGACUUUGGAGUUUCUUGUCUUUUGAUGGGUUCAUGUGAUCUGGCAACUACAUUUACUGGGACACCAUACUACAUGAGUCCAGAGGCACUGAAGCACCAGGGAUAUAACACAAAAUCUGACAUUUGGUCUCUGGGAUGCAUUUUAUAUGAGAUGUGCUGUAUGAACCAUGCAUUUGCUGGACACAAUUUUUUGUCUGUUGUGUUAAAAAUUGUAGAAGGUGAUACACCUUCUCUUCCUGAUAGAUAUCCAAGCAAACUGAAUGCUGUGCUGUGCAGCAUGCUAAAUAAGAAUCCUUCAUUGAGACCAACAGCAGCAGAGAUCCUAAAAAUCCCUUAUAUUGAUGAACAACUAAAGAAUAUACAGUACAAGUUCACAAACAUGACUGUGAAGGACAAGGCACUUAACUGGCAGAAAGAAGCUGCUCCCAUUUUUGAUGCUGUGCAAAGGAAAGUUCAUUUACAAACUCUGCAGGAACUGUCUGAAGUACAGAAAAUGACACCACGGGAACGGAUGAGGCUGAGGAAGUUAAAUGCUGCAGAUGAGAAAGCAAAGAAGUUGAAACAGCUGGCAGAAGAAAAAUAUCAAGAAAAUAUCAAAAGAAUGCAAGAAUUGAGGUCCCGUAAUUUUCAGCAGCUGAAUGUCAAUGUCCUGCAUGAAUCCGAUGAGCAGACUUCAAAACCCCUAAUUCAUUCUCAGCCAGUCACCACAUGCGACUGUGUGUCCAUAGGACAUGACGAACCAAGUGGAAAUGAGACAUCAAGUCAACUCCGCAUGUCUGAACUUACAGACCACGAGAUCCCUGAAGACCCAGAAACUGCAGAAGAAUAUUAUAAUGAUGAGUUUGAAUCCUGUUCAGAAGGCAGUGAAGAGGAGGAGGAUGUGGAAGCAUCACAGAUGGUCUCUAAGACAAACCACCAGGACAGUGAUAUUGAGGCAAUGGUCAAGUAUUUGGAGAGUGUCCUGAAUAAUAGCUCUUUGGGCUCGGGGACUGUCACCGGAGUGUCUCCAGGGGUGCCCCAGGGAUUCAGAGCUCUCAACAGCACUAUGGCUGAGACCAAACUGAAACGCAUGAGGGAAUCUGCCAUUGGGAAGCUGGGAGCGGAGGUAUUUGAGGCAGUGUACAGCUAUCUCAAAGAAGCGAGACAGCAGAAUGCUAGUGAGGAGGAGAUCAGGAGACGCCUGGAGAACCUGGUUUCUAGAGCAAGCGAUUGCUUUGAAGUGGAUCAACUUCUCUACUUUGAGGAGCAGCUACAGGCUUCAGAAGCCCGUCUUCAGCUAUAAAAUGUGUGUCAGUAACAGCGCGGGAAACGGCAAGGAGGAGUGAAAGUGCUGAGCUGCCUUCUUUAGGCCAGCAAGCAAGUAUGGGAGGUACUAAGAGGAAACUUACUGAAGGUAAUGUAGUACAUAUAAGCAUGUGGGUAAACUCAAUUUGCGAAUGCAGACCACAGUGAGAAGUGAGUAAAUACGGUAUAGAUUACAGGGGCAGGAAGAAAGACAAAUGUUUGUGACAGUGGAGAGAAGGAUUCACCGUUACCAGAGUCCCCUUUUUCACCACUUCGGGCAUAAAGAAAGGUAUUUUCCUGGGCCUUGGCCAGGCGUCAGUCCUGCACUCAGACCAUCACUGGCAAAGCUGCCCCUGAUGGAAAUGGUGCAGGAUUAGACUCCAGCUGCUGUUGAUUCCUGCGCUAACUGGUCCUCGUGACACUUAAGCCCAUAUUUUUUGUGCUUUGGCAGACUUACCCUUGAACACACAUGUAUAUUUACAGCUACUCAGCCACUAAUUGUCUUGUUAUUAUUCAUUGUCCAAAAGGACUGCAUUUAAUCUGCGUGACUUUCAAAGGAACUGUGAAAAAGAUGCAUACAUGCAUAUUUAUAUACAUAUAUGCAUACUCACACACAGAGAGAUAGGUAUGUAUAUCCAUAGAGACCGAAAGAUGUCUGACCAUACAGCGUACGUGUGUGC